CCCUCCACACACACACACACAACUUGUGCAAGUUGGGCAGGAAUCCUCAUCAUCCUCUCCAUUCUUUGGCUUCCCCCCUUCUUCUCUACCCAAAGCACAUAAAAACCACCCACCCUCUUCUUCCUUCCCUCUCCUCCAUCACCUCCUCCACCUCCCUUGAUCUCCUCACACUAAAUCUGCGAUCUUUUUUCCCCUCUCGCCUCCUGGCGAUUGGGUUCGGCGUUCUCCUCAUCUCUUGUUGAUUCUUGCGUUGUUUUUUGGGGCCAAAUUUGUUGGUCUGAUUUGUUCUUGAAGAAGUCGGCAUGCCUCCGUUCCACGAUUACAGAGAUGGUGGUGUUCUUGUGAUGGAGCCGGCGGCGUCGGCGGCUCUGUUCGGCGGCGUCAGGUCGCGGAAGCGGGCGCGGGUCACCGCCGUGCCGCCCUGCGGCUUCGUCUCCGCCGCCGCGGAGGCGGUGGAGGUGGUGGAGGAGGAGGGGUUGACGGCGGCCAAGAGGCAGAAGCAGCAGCAGCAGCAGCGGGAGGCGCCGUCGCUCGACGCUCUCCCCGACGAGUGCCUCUUCGAGAUCCUCCGCCGCGUGAAGGGCGCCCGCGCCCGGUGCGCCUCCGCGGCCGUCUCCCGCCGCUGGCUCGCUCUCCUCGGCGGCAUCCGCUCGUCGGAGAUCAAGCGAGAGCCGGCGGCGGCGGCGGUGCCGGACCUCAACCAGGUGUUCGUCGACGAGGACGAGGAGGAGGAGGACGAGUUCGAGGUCCCCCUUGGCGGCGGCUGCUCCUCCGAGAGGUGCCUCGAGGGGCGCGAGGCCACGGACGUCGGCCUCAUGGCGGUGGCCGUCGCCGACGCGCUCCGGGGAAGCCUCGAGAGCCUCGUCAUCCGUGGGAGCCACCCGACGCGCGGCGUCACCGACGCCGGCAUCUCGGCCGCCGCGCGCGGCUGCCCGUCGCUCCUCUCGCUCGCCCUGUGGCAUGUCCCUCAGGUAACCGAUGCCGGCCUCGCCGAGAUCGCCGCCGGCUGCCCCUCGCUGGCGAGGCUUGACAUCACCGGCUGCCCGCUGAUCACCGACAAGGGCCUCGCUGCAAUUGCUCAGGGUUGCCCGGACUUGAAGGUGGUGACCGUCGAGGCAUGCCCCGGUGUUGCUGACGAGGGCCUCAAGGCGAUUGGCCGGUGCUGCGCGAAGCUGCAGUCGGUGAACAUCAAGAAUUGCGCGCAUGUCGGUGACCAGGGUGUCUCCGGCCUUGUCUGCUCCGCGGCCGCAUCGCUUGCCAAGGUUCGCCUCCAGGGAUUGAGCAUCACCGAUGCUUCUCUUUCGGUGAUUGGGUACUACGGGAAGGCGAUCACCGAUCUCACCCUCGCUCGCCUUCCCGCGGUUGGCGAGAGGGGUUUUUGGGUGAUGGCCAACGCCCUUGGCCUGCAGAAGCUCAGGUUCAUGAGUGUCAGCUCCUGCCCGGGAGUCACUGAUCUUGCGCUCGCAUCGAUUGCCAAGUUCUGCCCGAGCUUGAAGCAGCUCAACCUCAAGAAAUGCGGUCAGGUCUCGGAUGGCCGUCUCAAGGAUUUCGCGGAAUCGGCAAAGGUCUUGGAGAGUUUGCAGAUUGAGGAAUGCAACAAGGUUACUCUCAUGGGCAUUCUGGCCUUCCUCCUCAACUGCAGCCCGAAGUUUAAGGCCCUCUCACUGGUCAAGUGCAACGGGAUCAAGGACAUCUGCUCUGCUCCCGCGCAGCUUCCCCUGUGCAAGUCUCUCCGAUCCCUCACCAUCAAGGAUUGCCCAGGUUUCACCGAUGCCAGCUUGGCCGUGGUCGGCAUGAUCUGCCCUCAGUUGGAGAAUGUCGACUUGAGUGGUCUCGGUGCAGUUACAGACAACGGGCUCCUUCCAUUGAUCAAGAGUUCCGAAAGUGGGCUGGUCCAUGUCGACUUGAACGGCUGCGAGAAUCUCACAGAUGCUACUGUUUCUGCCUUGGUGAAGGCACAUGGUAGUUCGCUUGCACGCCUCAGUCUCGAAGGUUGCAGCAGGAUCACUGAUGCAAGCCUGUUUGCCAUUUCUGAGGGCUGUACCGAUCUCGCCGAACUUGAUCUCUCAAACUGCAUGGUCAGCGACUACGGUGUUGCAGUGUUGGCGUCAGCGAGGCAGCUCAAACUUCGUGUCCUCUCACUUUCUGGUUGUUUGAAGGUUACCCAGAAGAGUGUUCCUUUCUUAGGCAGCAUGUCGGCAUCGUUGGAGGGCCUCAAUCUCCAGUUCAACUUCAUUGGCAACCACAACAUUGCAUCGCUGGAGAAGCAGCUCUGGUGGUGCGACAUCCUUGCUUAGAGGAACAACAACUAGUUGCUGGAGGUGCUGGGUCAUCCAUCUCCAGAUGCAAAUAUACGACCGUAGCGGUAGUACUCCUACUUCAGUCAAGCUUCGCAGCAGCAGAGUUGGUUUCUUGGGUCCUGUCUUUGAGUCAUGGUGGACUUCCUUCGUCUUAGAGCCGGUUGUUUUCCGGGGGGCAUUUUUAGCCGAGUGCUCGUUUUUUGCAGGUAUCCUCUUGGGAUAGUGCCUGUUCCUUGAGCCUUCGGCUGCCAUUAGCGUGGCACCCCUGCCCCUCUAUCCCAACCUUGGUCCUUGUUGAUUACAGUCAUUACAUCAUGCUGUUUUUUUUCCAUUGCGUCGUGUUCGGAGCUCAAAUAUUGUCAAAGCGUGUUCUUCUUUUCCGGUAAUUCUUGUUAGUCGCGGACAUCAACACCGUUCGUAGAAACUUGGCUGCUCCAGUUCUUCAGUGUCCAGGUGUUCGCGAUCUCUUCGGGUGCGUAUGUUUGUUCCAGUUCAGGUCUUGUGCGGCUUGCGGUAUCGUGGGUAGUGUGUGUGUGUGUGUGUGUGUGUGUGUGUGUGUGUGUGUUUGUGUUUGCAAUGGGGGUUGCUUCUUAUGGUGUUUGUAGGGGUCUCCUGAUAUUAUCCUUGGGGAUCCGGCCUUUGCAAGGUGCAUUCUGAAGGGCCUUGCCAUUGACAACCCUGUGUGGUUGUUUUUCUACUCCGGAUCCCUGGUUUUGCUGGCAGAUUGUUGAAUGCUGUAAUCUUUGUAACCUUCCCAGAUUAAAUAAAAUGUGGUGUUUCAGUUAAA